GGGGCAUUCUCUAGCAGGAAGAAACAUGGCUGCCCACUGUUCGCCGACGAUAUUGUUAUUUACGUUUCGUUUCUUACCGGUAACGAGACUGACGGAGGACAAACGAGACGCUCUCACACGCAAUGUUGAUUUAUUAUUAAUUUGAAUCAGUCUUCGGAGUGUCGGUUGGAGGAGUCGCGCAGAAAAAGAUCGUAACGUUACCGACAGCCUUCCUUUUUUCUUCUUCUUCUUCUCUCUCCCACAUUUUUGGCUGAGCCGUCAAACUGCUCACCCUUGAUUCGCCGGUUCGUUAGCUAGUAACCGCGAGUCCAACGUGUUCGACAUCCAGUCACAGUCGCUAUGUUUGGCCCCGUGAAGUCUUCCUGUUUCAGAGUCAGCCCGGCCAUUGUCAACAGAGAGCUCGGCAAGACCAAGAUGAGAUAGCGAGAGGCCACUUCACGAGUCCCCGGAGACGAACGGGAGUCAAACGCAGCGACUCACGCGGCAUGUUCGGGAAUCUGUUCGAGGAGGAGGAGGAGGAGGAGGAGGGCUUCGCUUCCACCCCUUCCAAGGGGAACGUUGCGAAAGCGGCAGGCGAGCCGCCUCCGGCCCGAGGGAGAAGCAAUCUGUGCGGCAUCAGGAACCAGGGGGGGACGUGCUACCUGAACUCUCUGCUCCAGACGCUGCUGUUCACCCCGGAGUUCAGAGAGGAGCUCUUCGCCUUGGGGCCAGGGGAACUGGGAUGCCUGGAAGACAAAGAGGCACCGGGGGCCAAGGUCCGGGUGAUCCCGCUGGAGCUCCAGAGGCUGUUCGCCCGUCUGCUGUUGGCGGACCAGCAGAGCGCCUCCACCGCCGACCUCACGGAGAGCUUUGGCUGGAACAGCAGCGAGGGGACAAAUCAACAUGAUGUGCAGGAGCUGAACAGAAUUCUGUUCAGUGCUCUGGAGCACUCUCUUGUGGGAACCACUGGUAGUACAUUUAUUCACCGGCUGUACCAUGGGACAAUUGUCAACAGCAUUGUCUGCAAGGAGUGUGGAAACGUCAGCCAGAGACAGGAGGACUUUCUGGACCUGACGGUGUGUGUUUGCGGCGUGUCCAGCCUGGAGGAGGGUUUGUGGAACAUGUUUGUGGAGGAGGAGUUGUUUGAGGGCAACAACCUGUACUGCUGUGCACAGUGCGACAGGCUGGUCACUGCUGCCAAGUCUGCUAAGAUGAAGAAGCUCCCUCCAUUCAUGACCAUGUCUUUGCUGAGAUUCAGCUUUGACUUUGCCAAAUGUGAGCGGUACAAGGAGACUGGACGGUACGGCUUCCCCUUCACCAUCAACCUACGGCCAUUUUGUGAGCAGACUAAUGGAGAAGACUCUGAUUACACCUAUGACCUCUUCUCUGUGAUCAUCCAUAAGGGAGGCUGUUACGGUGGCCACUACCACGCUUAUAUCAGGGACAUUGACCAGCUCGGCCAAUGGGAGCCGCCGGAGGAUGACUGCAAACCUAAAACUCAGAGAAAGGUCAAGGAGGAGGUCAAGGAAGCGUGUGAGACAAAACUACAAGAAGACAACCCUUUGUCUGUCCUUACUGCUAUAAUUGCCCAGGAGUCAUCAAAGAGUGUCUUGAUAGAUCAGCUGGGCCAGAAACUCAUGGAUAAGAUUGGUUCGUCCUGGAGCAAAAAGUUCAGAAAGCACUAUGGUCCCAUAGGAAAGUUCCUGCAGUCCCACAACGACGUGUUCAUGUUGGUUUCUAAUGGUACCAGAGUAGCACUGAAGGCAAACCCGCCCAGCCCAGUGACUGACCUACCUUGUCCAGCAGAACAUACCAAUAACUCUGAUCCGUCAACAACUUCGGGCCCAGGAGCUGCUAAACAACAACCGGGAGCGGACCAGAGGCCAGAACCUGAACCAGAGCAGGGUAGCCACUGGUUUGACCUCAAUGACUCCACAGUGUCCUCCAUCAGGGAGUCGGACAUAGAGAAGCAGUUCCAGGGCAAAGAGAGCGCAUACAUGCUGUUCUACAGAAAAACACAGCUGCACAGGCCCAGUGAAGCUCUGAACAAUCCACAAUAUAAAGUUCCUUCUUACCUCGUCCAGAUGGCUCAGGAGGAGAACAUCAAAGUGCAAGAGAUGCGCGAGAAGUUUGAAGCCACCAAUAACAUGGUGGAACUGCGUCUGCACCUGGCACCCUGUUAUAGACUAGAAAAUGGAGCCCUGCAACCAGCCAACAGAGAAGACGGCGGACGCACCAGCCUCAGUUUCGACCGUAGAAAGACUGUCGGAGACCUGCGAUUAGCUAUUUAUCAGAUGCAGGAACUCUGGGAAGGGGAUAUGGCUUUGACUGUGGCCAAGAGUCUUCCAGCAGGUCUACACCUCUAUAAUACUCUUACAGAUGACAAUGUCUCCCUGUACAGUGCAGGCAUCCACACAAACUAUGACUUGUUUGUGUGGAACGGCAGAGAGGUGUGCGGUGCGACUUUGCUUAUUGGAGCCGAGUGGGAGCCGGUGCUGCUGACUGUAGUCCGUCCGUUUUUGGGCGAAGAUGUUGAGCAGGAGAAGGGGAAUAGGGUAGAAUGUGAGGAGACCAGAGGUGGUUUUGAAGACGGAAGACCAGGACUUAAAAGGGAGGCGAGAGGGUUUGCAGGUGGUGCGACACUCGGGGAGGUGAAGGAGGCACUGGGGGAGCCUAAGGAGAGUCUUCUGUGCCAGGAGCAUAGGGGAGGACAGAGAGGAGAGCAGGGAGCGGGAGAGGGAGGAGGGGCGAGCGGAUGGAGGGUUUUCCCGCCCGAUGACAUGCAGCGGACGCUCAAGGAGCUGUCGCUGAAAGACGGAGACGCGCUGCUAGUGCUGGAGCCCCAAUCGUUCGACAGCAGUUUGUUUACCCUAAAUGGAGAUGUCGUCACCGUGACUACGCCCUCUGACUGCCGCUGGCUCCAGGUGGAGUUUCAACCACAUGGAGGAGGAGGAGGAGGAGGUGAAGGGGAGGAAGAGGAGGAAAGGAGGAAAAUUAAGGUUCCAGCCACAGGAAAUAUGCUGCUGUGUGAGGUGAAACAGAGGGCCGUAGACGAGCUGGGGCUACAGGAGAAACCCCCAGGUGCACAGUUCUGUCUGAGACAGGUGGACUGCACAGGGAAACUCCUUCCUCCAGUGUGUGAGGAGUUGAGUGUUCGAGAUGCGGGCGUGCGACUCAUGACCACACUGACUCUCUGUCCGGGAAAUGCCCCCAAGGCAUCACAGCUUUUUUUGCACUUCUCUGUGGGCGCAGCGCCCUCUGCUGGCAUGGAGAUGGACAUAAUUGUGGAGGAGACUUGUACAGUCAAAGACUGUCUAAAGGCGAUGCUCGAUGCUGUUGGACUUGAUGGUACCUGUUGGCACUUGAGGAGGCUCGACUGGUGUGAAGAGGUUGGAGAGCCACUUAUGGAUGAAGAUGCUUCUCUGUCAGAGCUGAAGAUAAGCAGCGGAGAGACAUUAGUCGUCACAGAAGGACAACUUCCUCCAAAGGGUUUCCUUAUGUUAACCAUGUGGCUGUAUCCAGACCCCAAAUACAUGGAAGCUGAUUUUAAGGAGGUUUUGACUGCAGGUGAAACGCAGAAUCAUUGGCCUCCUCUGUGCGCCGGCAACGCGGUGGAGCUGAGAAGUGUAGGACAGGUGGAAAUAUCAGACGAGGCCACGCUGGAGGAGCUCAAGACUCAGGUAUUGGCGCUGCCUGCCCUCCAGAGUGUGUGUGUGCCAACAACUGCGUUCAUGCGCCUCUGGCAGCUGGAGGGAGGGAGACUGGCACGAAUCCUCAGAGGACAACAACUGACGCUCAGGAAAUUGAAGCUAACCUGUGGCACAGACCUUUGUGUGCAACAGCUGCUGAAAGAGGAAGAUCUAGGGCCCAAGGAGGUGUUACUAAACGUUAAGAUGGGAGUACCAGGGGAGAGGAGUUACUACCCUCCAGAGGAGCUGGUUUGGGUUGCAUCCCGGGAUUCUUCACCUCGCUCUCUACGCACAUGUCUGGCUUCGCACUACGGCCUCUCCCCCGACUCUCUGCUGUUGGCCAAGCACCAGCCGGACAAACACAUCUGGGAAGAAAUAUCCAACUGGAACCAGCAGGUUUCCAAAAAGAAAAAGAAGAAGAGAACAGAAUCCCUACUGGGAGCACCGUUCCACCUCAAAGAUGGCGACACAAUCGGCAUCAAGAAUCUUUUGAUUGACAACAACAGGGCCUUUUUCACGCUGGAGGAUGAGCAGGGCCAGCAGAGGCUCCGAGAGCAGGCAGAGCAACGCAGGAAAGGCGAAAAGGCUGCAGGAUCUGAUGGUGCGGGGCGACAGACGAAGGCUGGACAGAACAAAACUAGGAAACCAGAGGUGGCACUGUCCAUUAAUGUCGGGGUUUUCAGAUAGCACCCUGCUCCCAUAGGUGCAUGGACAAUUCAGGACUACCUGUAGAAUGACACUACAUGCACACAUACACAGAUGCCACAUUGCAUUUAGGACAAUCCACUUGACAGAAGUCUUUGCCAUUUUUUUUCUUCUUCACAAAAUCAAACCCUGAAUUCCUUUAGAAAUUGACUGUAAUUUGCAUAAUUUCUAUGCAAUAUUAUUUUUUCUUUUUUUAAAAAUUAGAUGCCUUUAGACUUCCUGUCUAAAAGAGUACAACUACCAAACAUGCCCUUCGUUUGAUUAAAAUUUAUCUUUAUAUAUACUUCUGAGGGAGAUUUGAAGACACCCUGACCUUUAAGAUUUUUUGCUGCAUUGAUAAAUAUCUAACUUGAAAACUUACACAAAUAAUAAGCAUAUGAAUAUAAGUAUAUAUACAAGAAUACAUAUCAAUACAUUUAAUCAUUUUUGUUCCUUUUGCAAUUACAAACCUGUAAUGAAAUAUUGUACUAAAGCUCGUGGAAAUACUGUUGCGGUUAAACUGCAGCAUUCGGGUUCAGUUCAUACUUGCAGCCACCAGCCAGGGGCUUUUACAUGUGGUCUGUUGUGCAGUACAACAAGUAACUGCAGUAAGAGAAUCAACCAUCUAAGUUCUGAUGUUCUUUACGAAGUUGUACAAUACUGUAAGGGACAAUUUUUUUUUUAUAAUAAACGUGAACACCAACAUUUUUGUGGAUCACAGGCUUAUUUUAGGUUGAUAAGGGAGAGGAGAGAGGGGCCUUAACAUGGAGAAGCAUCAGUGCCUCUGUCCUCCCUACCUCACUCUCUGCCUCUCUCACUCUACCUCUGCUGCCCGUUCACUGACUGACCGGCUUCACGUUCACCUCAUUGGGUAAUUUUACAUUCAAAGGAAUAAAUGGUUGGAGCAAAAACGUUGUUAUAAAAAAACCCAUUUAUGAUUCCAGAUGAAUUUGUUUUUCACUUAUGUAAGUAGUUAAUUAAAAGUCCCUGGUUUACUUCAUGAGUUUUCAUUUAGGAAAAUGUUAAAUGUCUCAUUUGCAUGCACUAUAUGUGUUUUUCAGGGAAGUAAUUCAAAUUCUUCAGAAUUUUUAUUUGAAGGAAGUGACAAAAUAAUAGUGUUUUGAUUUUGAGCUGCGAUGUUUUUUUUUUGAAGUAUGUGAUUUUGCUCUAAAAUUAUUUUCUUUGUUCUGCCUUAUGUAUUAAUUUGGCAUUGAUAAGUGCCAAGAAUUUGGAAAUAGAAAUUGUUUUUUGGUUUUGUUUGAAGGUGUGUAAAAUACACAACAUACGACACUCAACAACAGUGUAUUUUUUCAUUUAAAUAAAAUCAUAUAUCAUUUA